AUGCCGCAUGCCGACAUUCCUGGACCUCCAGGCCGUCGUUUCUUUGGUAACCUUAGGGACAUCGACCCAGAUAACACGAUGGACUCGUUGUGCAGAUUGACCGAAAUUUAUGGGCCAAUCUGGAAGUUCCAUCUGGGCACGGAAGAGAGAAUCGUUAUUGGCUCGCAGAAAUUGAUGGACGAGGUAUGCGACGAAGCCCGCUUUGUCAAAGUCGUUGCCGCUGUACUCAAACAAGCCCGCAACGGCGUACAAGACGGUCUGGGCACCGCUCAUGGUCCCGAAGAGAGAAAUUGGGGCAUAGCGCACCGUAUAUUGGCCCCGCACUUUGGACCACUGGCUAUCGCAAACAUGUUCGGCGACAUGCAGGAUAUAGCUACUCAACUGGUCCUGAAGUGGGCCCGCCAUGGGCCUGAGCACAAUAUACAAGUGACUGAAGACUUCACGCGCCUGACGCUAGAUGCGAUUGCCCUGUGCGCUAUGGACUAUCGCUUCAAUUCCUAUUACAGAGAAGCCAUGCAUCCUUUCAUAGAUGCACUAGCAAGUUUCCUUGAAACCAACGCGGGUCGUGCGAAGAGGAGCGCAGUGAUGCAGCCGCUCUGUGUCUUCGAAAAUCACAGAUACUGGGGGAAUAUCGAGCAGCUGCGAAGGACUGGACAUGCGGUCAUUAAUGCAAGAAAGCAGCACCCUAGUGACAAGAAGGAUUUGCUCAACGCCAUGUUGCAUGGAGUCGAUCCCCACACGAGCGAACGAAUGACGGACGAUAGUGUCGUCAACAACAUGAUCACCUUCCUGUUUGCCGGACACGAGACGACCUCAGGUCUCCUCUCCUUCACAUUCUACUACCUUCUCAGCAACCCAGCAACAUACGUAAAAGCGCAACAAGAGGUUGACGAUGCUAUCGGUAGAGAUCGCAUCACCUCCUCACAUCUCGCCAGGCUUCCGUACCUCAGCGCUGUACUCCGCGAGUCCCUGCGACUGUCGCCUACCGUGCCCGCAAUUGCGCUUGCCGCCAAAGAAGACACCACGCUGAGCGGGAAGUACAAGGUCAGGGCCAAUGCGCCCAUUAUUGCCCUCUUCGCAGCAGUCCACAGAGACCCGCUCGUGUACGGAAGUGACGCAGACGAGUUCCGGCCAGAUCGCAUGCUCGACAUCGAGUUCGAACAACGCAACAAAGAGUUCCCAAACUGCUGGAAGCCGUUCGGCAAUGGCAUGCGAGGUUGCAUCGGGCGCUCUUUCGCGUGGCAGCAGGCACUUGUUGUCGCAGCGAUGCUCCUUCAGAGCUUCGACCUCUCUAUGAGUGACCCGUCGUACCGCUUGCAGGUCAAGCAGGCGCUUACCAUCAAGCCAGAGGGCUUCCACAUGCGUGCUCAGCUGCGAUCUCACGUGGCAUUGCCAAAGCUUGAACGAGCCUUAUCCUCAACAACAAUCGCCAGCAAUCCAGCCGCCCUGAGCCCCAUUGUGCUUGGGGCGAAUGAGUCCUCGAAGCCGGCGAUAGAUGUAUACUAUGGCUCCAACAAAGGCACGUGCGAGGAGCUCGCCAGCCAGCUCGCCAGCCAUGCAGCGGACCGCGGCUUUGCGAUUGGCAUAGUAGGCAAAUUGAACUCUGCAAAGAGCUUGUCGCAAACCAACCCUGCCGUGGUUAUAACGGCUUCAUACAACGGUCAGCCCGCCGACGACGCAGCAGAGUUCGUAGCUUGGGUUCGAGCGCUGAGGGACAAUGAGCUUGCCAAAGUCGCCUUCGCUGUGUUCGGAUGCGGCCAUGGCGACUGGGUCAGAACCUUCCUGGAAGUGCCAAAGUACCUAGACGGUGUGUUGGAGGAGCGUGGCGGCACAAGACUGGUUGCUUUAGGCACGACGGACACUGCCCAAGGCAAGGUUCUGACCGACUUCGCAGCCUGGGAAGAAGAAGCCCUCUGGCCUGCCUUGCGAAAGAAGUAUGGUAUCAAAGACGCGUCCACGGCCCACGAGUCUACAUCUGCGCUGCAAGUCAAGAUCUGCGUUCCUGAAGCAACGGCGUUGCGAUGCGGUCUUCGUCAGGCUCGAGUCUUCGCAAGCGAAACGUUGUCUGAUACCGAACUGUCUGUUAAGAAGCACCUAGAGAUCGCGCUACCAGCAGGGAUGGCAUAUCGGACAGGCGAUUGUCUCGCCAUUCUGCCACAGAACCCAAGAGAUGUCGUCAAUCGCGCGCUGAAACAGUUUGGCCUGUCCGGGGAUAGCAUCUUGACCAUUGACAGCACUACUGCUACGACACUGCCUCUUCGCACGCCCAUCAGGGCGGCCGAAGUCUUCCGUGCCUAUGUUGAGCUUGAGCAACCGGCCAGCAAGAGUGACAUUCUGGUCAUGUCGAGCGCGACACGCGAUGAGACAUUAAGUGCUGAGCUAAGCCGCCUUGCGGGCAAGGCUCAUUACGAAGAGAUUGUUGUCAAGCACUUGUCGGUGCUCGAUCUGCUUGAGCGUUUCCCUGCCGUGAACGUAUCGCCUGGCGCCUUUCUCUCCAUGCAGCCACCGAUGAACCUUCGGCGUUAUUGCAUCUCGUCCUCGCCUUUGUGGAACUCUUGCCGCGCUACUGUGACCUGCUGUGUUACAGAUCGGUUGGCCAUACAUGGCCAGCAGCGGGCUUCCGGGCUGGCGUCAGCAUACCUCUCUUCUCUUGCUGCUGGUGACGAGGUGUUUGUUAGCGUAAAAGAGUGUGCUGACAAGUUCCUUUUGCCCGAAGCAGCCGACGAUGUUCCGCUCAUUUUGAUUGCUGCAGGAACCGGAAUCGCACCCUUCCGGAGCUUUGUACAAGAACGCGCAGCACAACUGGCUACCGGCCGCGUCCUCGCCGCUGCUUUGCUCUUCUAUGGAUGUCGCUCACAUGCAGAUGACCUCUAUGCUGACUCUCUCGAACGCUGGCAGCAACUAGGCGCUGUAUCUAUUCAUCGUGCGUAUUCACGCAUGCCAGAGCAGUCACAGGGAUGUAGAUAUGUGCAAGACCGUGUCUACCAGGAUAGGACUGAGGUUAUCAAGCUGCUCACGACAGGUGCACGUGUUGCAGUGUGCGUACCCGAGUGCGCAGUUGCAGGGGUCAGAAAGACUCUGAUCGAUAUGACUGCAGAAACCCAGCGAGCUGUGGCGGAGGGAAAGAGUAAGGGCACUGAAACGGAUAUCGCAGAACUUCAUCUCGAGACUGCGUGGCACGUCUGGAAAAGUUCAUCUGAGAUCGAGCGGGAUGCAUCAGAGCAGUGA